UCCAUGGCGCCACAGUUUCAUCUAACGAAAGCAGCGUCCUUCGAUGUCCUUCGAGUUGUCCCCGAGAUUGUUUUGGACAGCUGAUAGCCAGUAGUAACGGUUAUUGGUUGUUAUUCAAGCGAUGCAUGCAUAUAACGUACAAGUGUCUGCGAACUAAUCAAAAAUAUCAACGUAAAAUACACGUAUAUACCGCUUUCAAGCAGAUCAGAAUGCCGGAUGAAGCAUGAAGCUCUUCAAGCUGAUAGUGCAUCAGAAGAAUUUCAGCGGGGAGGAUUUGAUAAUCAAUCCGAAGGAUUAUCCCGGCAUAAAGACGGGCGAUGUCGUCGAGAUCUACCAUCCCGAAGAUGAGUUCAGUCGUCUGCUGUUGCAAGUCACCUCCUUCAAGGAGGACCUUCAGGGACGCGAGACUAUCAGCGUGGAGAAUAACGUAGCGACAAUGUUCCAGCUGAGAACGUUCGCUGAUGUGUACAUGAACAUAGUGAAUCCGGAUGACGUAGCGCUGGAUUCCAUAGAGUUAACUUUCAAGGAUCAGUACAUGGGACGCAGCGAGAUGUGGCGCUUAAAGAACAGCCUGGUACGCACCUGUGUCUACAUCAACAAAAAGAUAGAGUUCUGCAGUGGUAGCAUUCGAUGCCAGGUGCACGAGAUGUGGUCGCAAGGCGAUCGCGUUGCCUGCGGCGUGAUAACGGACGAUACCAAGGUAGUGUUCCGUUCUUCUACGAGCAUGGUGUACCUCUUCAUACAAAUGAGCUCCGAGAUGUGGGACUUUGAUAUCCACGGUGACCUUUACUUCGAGAAAGCGGUCAACGGGUUCCUAGCAGAUCUCUUCCAAAAGUGGAGGAAGAAUGGUAGCAAUCACGAAGUGACGAUCGUGCUGUUCUCGAGAACCUUCUACAACGCAACCAGCCUGGAGGAAUUUCCGAAUCACAUGAGGGAGUGUUUGCAGCAGGAUUAUAGAGGCAGAUUCUACGAGGAUUUUUAUAGAGUAGCGAUACAAAAUGAGAGGUACGAAGACUGGAGCAACGUCUUGGUGCAGUUACGCAAGCUGUUCACUGACUAUCAGAAGAUCGUUUUGGAGUAUCACCAGAAACCAGGCAUCAGUAUACCCAAGGCGAUAAACUCGACCGCUGCGCAAGGCAAUUUUCUAGAAGUAUUAAACAUGUCUCUAAAUGUCUUCGAGAAGCACUACUUGGAUCGUAGUUUCGAUAGGACUGGCCAGUUGUCCGUAGUAAUCACGCCCGGAGUCGGAGUUUUCGAGGUUGACAGAGAACUGACAAACGUCACCAAGCAAAGAAUCAUUGACAAUGGUGUAGGCAGCGAUUUGGUAUGCGUAGGCGAGCAACCGCUUCACGCAGUGCCGCUGUUAAAGUUUCAUAACAAAGAUUCCUCCGUAAACGCACCGGAUGACUACAGCAUGCCUCACUGGAUAAAUCUUAGUUUUUAUUCCACGAACAAGAAGAUCCCCUAUUCCACGUUCAUCCCGCGAAUAAAGCUACCGCAGAGAGUAUCGAAGCCAAUGGUGGACAAUGGGAAAUUGCAUUGCAAAACGAGGCUCCUGCAAGAGGAUCCGAGAGAAUGCCUGCACAACACGUUAUUCGAUUAUGAUGCUUACGACGCGCAAGUGUUUCAGUUACCGGCAGCUCAUACUUCAAGCGUACAAAGGAUAAACACAAGAACGAAGAAGACGAGCGUGGCGUGUCUGGAGACGCAUAACAAUGGCCAUUUGUUGAAGCUCCUGAAACGUAAGAUGUCUGAUCCCGAUAUACAUCAUCCUCCACCGGAAGCGCACUCACCGCCGGUCGCAUUACGGAGCGCGGCGAUAACGAUACCCCAUAAAACGGAUGACGACACGAGCGAUUCUAAUGGGGACAGAACUGGUGCAUCCAAGACACCGGUUAAGAAUGACUUGACCGACUCGGAGAUAUCUCCGCCUUUCAGACCCAUCAUUGGUAGCGCCGGCAGCCCGACAAAUUCCAUCUCUCAACCGACGAAUAUACUUAGGCCUAGUAGAGCGUUAAUUAAUCCGUUCGAUCCGUCGCACGUUACAAUUAAGCUCACCAGUAACAGACGAAGAUGGACUCAUAUAUUUCCGAAAGGACCAACUGGGGUACUAAUACAACAGCAUCAUUAUCAAGCUGUUCCGGCGCAACCGACGUGUCCGGAGGCACAAUGUGAAGCUGUUCCGUCGACCGUGAGCGGAUCUCCGAUGGAGGCUGCGGCGAAUUCAAGUCAAAUUUCAAGAUCAGCAUCUCAAAUAGGAUUUCAAGACACGAAGGGAAAGUUACCGCGGUCUAGUGCCCUUGCAACUAAUGGAGACAAAAGUGCAAAUUCCCCUUCAGCUGUGACGAAUAAGAGUCUGACCCUUUUGUGGGGUGCUACUGGCGAGCAAGAAUGGACGCCUGCUUUAACAACAGCGAUCAUAGGGGUCGAUUGGAAAUCGUUAACGAUUCCCGCGUGUCUACCCAUCACUACAGAUUACUUCCCAGACAAGCGAAGUUUGCAAAAUGAUUAUGUCGUGUCAGAUUACAAUCUGCUUCCGGAUGAUGUGAACGCUGAUUUUGCUCAACAACGUGCAAUAUACAAGAAACCACUCACAACAGUGGAAGUGUUUAAAGAGCUCGUCUCGCAACGCCUGGCCCAAGGUUUUCAGCUGAUUAUUUUACCAUCGAAUAACAAGAACCAAAACAGCACAGCUGGCAGCAAUGCCGUUCCCGCGAUUAGUACGGUAAUACGUGGUAGACAAACUGAAUCCGAGCCUAAAGAGGAAUAUCUGCUUAGCAUCGGACGAAUCUUCCAUAAAAUAUCGUUAUUUGAUAAUUCUAUAACGGUUACAAGAUACCGCCCGCGGCAUCCUUAUCCACCAUUCAAUAUUCAUUACCGAUAUCGAUUCCAUGCUCCGCAUCACGACACUUACGAAGUAUCGUGGGUAUCUUUCACCACAGAGAAACUCGAGAACUAUAACUGGAAUUACCUGGACCAUUACAUUUGCACGCGAGGUCAUACAGACUUUUACCUAGUGGAAGCUCUCAAGUAUUGGAGAUUUCGGGUAUUUCUGUUACCCCUGCACAACUCUGCAACUCGCAAAAUUUUAGAAGGCUCCCCAAGAUGCGACGUGUACACUUCAGCUAGUAAUGUUGAGCAGGCAUCGUUGAUGGACGGUUUUUUACGCUUUAUCGAGGGGUGGCUGAACAAAAUACGACGACCAAACCCUAACAAAAAUUGGAGCCCCACAGCUCUAGGUGGUGUCCCCCCAAGAGAUCCUGCCUCUCAUUUGACCAGACGCAGGCACAGCACGAGCCUGAUAUUCCUCACUAACCAGACCAGUCUAGUCGGCAGCUCUCCUUUCAGGGAGCGACUCGGAAGCAACCGCCUACCGGAGAAACCGAGACCAAGAUCGGGCUCGAAAGUAAUGGACAGAGGACGUGUAUCGCCCGCCAGUGAAGCAGUUUUGCCACUAUCAAUCGAGCAACAACAGCAGGAUCAUUUUGACGUUAACGAUGACAGUACGAGCAUGGAACUGACCAAGAUAAAAAGCAAUGCGACGAAUGCGGAAAUUUUGGAGGCCAUGAAACACCCUCAGACUGGCGUCGGCUUUCUGACGCAACAUCCCUCGCUCCCGAGCCAGACAUUUGUCAGCGCGGAUGCGAUCCAAUGGCUGAACAAUCAUAUAGAAGGUGGCGUAGGAGUUGAACAAGGGAUUAAUAUCAUGAAGGGAAUGAUUCAGGACAAAUUAAUAUGCCACGCAUCCGGCGAUUUCUCUCAACCGUUUAUUCUAGGAUUUUAUUUGUAUCACAUUGUGCAAGAUAAAGAAAACCAAAAAGCCGCGGACUAUUCCGCUCCGCUCGGUGAUUUGCAAAGUUUCGAGAACGAGUGGGUGGAGGUAGAGAUGAGACCACCGAAAGGAUGGUGCGAAUCAACGUUUCCGACAACACUGUCAACAACGGUGUCGUCCCCAAUAGCCAUACCCAAUUACGACAUUAUCGACGAAUCGAACGUCCCGCCCUUUUUGAAGGACGAGAUUGAUGUAACAGAAUCGAUAGACGAAAGAAAUGGAUCAGUACCAUUGUACAAGCACACUCAUCUCGAUAUCGAUAUUAAUAACAAAAGCGACAGGAUCGAAUGGGGUCACCUGAGGUACCAAUCCAUUUACAAAGUAGAUCAUUCCUACGAGCUCGUAGUGCAAUGGGUCGCGUCGUCCGGGAGUAUAGUAGCCGAUCUGAUAUUCGUUUGGCAACGUAAGGCUCAAAUGUGUGGGAUUCAAAUGGUGCCUAUUCCCAGCGAUUUGCUGGCGCUGCCAUAUACCUUGAAGAGCGAUCCUCUAAGAGGGCCCAUUUUCAUUCCUCUCGAUACGGAAUGCUUGAUGGCGAAUAAACGAUAUCUGUUUGAAGAAUUCCGGGAAGACACUUAUGCGCAAAGACUGUUUUUAUUCCAAGAAGCGAUUCUGCAGAGAUUCGGCUUCGUGCCGUGCCUGGUUGAGAAUGUCGAGCAUGAUCGUCAGUACGUACACGUCACUGGCAAUGCAUUUAUAUUAGUACCGUCCACUGCGAACACCCGACCGCGUCCACGAACCGGUACGAAUGUCGUACGACGGAAUACAGGACAGAAGAGAUAUCCGGUCCACCCGGAUCAGCCUAGUCCGCACGAGGCGUACAUUACCAGACACGUCGGAGGAAAGAAUAAAGAUGAUCACAGCGUAGACAGAAAAAUGGGAUUUUUGUGGUCUUGGAAUCACAUGGUCAGUCGUAAAUGGAAGUCACUGUCCACUUCAACGGGCGAUGAAUUGUUUCAGAAGAAGAUCAUACAAGAUUUUCGACAUUUCUGUUCCAACGGUGAUAAUAGACUCAAACAAUUCUGGGAAUCUUGUUGGGAAUUAAAGGAGAAGACUUGUACAAAGACGAAGUAACAAGAUAUUUCUAUAACUCUUCUUAUCAUAUUUUUUUAAUAUCGUCCAAAGAUUCGUUAGAUUAUCAUGAAUCAUAUGUAUAUAUAUAUAUAUAUUUAUGUGUGUGUGUGUAUAUAUAUAUAUAUAUAUAAAUCUCAUCAAAUUGUUAUCAAUCAUCAUGCUGUUGAUUGUGCUCGAAAAUACAAUUCCAUAUUAACAUUUAUAAUGCAUAGUUUUGUACAGCACUACGCAUAAGCAGGAUGAUUUAUAGAGAAGUUUAUAUAACUUCUCUAUAUAUAGUACUUGCGAUAAUCAUAAUGAAUCGUCAUUCAGGAAAGAAAAGUAGAAUAUUUUUAAGAAGAAAUUGUAAGAGAACAAAAAAGAAAUUAAACUUAA